AUGGUAGCAAGACCAAGUGGUGUCUCAGUACUGGGACUAACGCCAGGAACAGAAUACAACUUUACAGUGCUGUCUAUACUACAAGGAAAUGACUGCUACGACGACAGCGUCUUUCCCACACAUUUUACUUUUGAAACACGUAUGUUAACAACGCAUAAUUGAUACGUCUUUGAAAUUUUUAAUUUGCACUACAUAAAUUUACACCACUUACAGAUCAAUAGCUUCAUAUGAAUUCAUAAACACUAAGUCUUUGUGAAUUUGUCUAUGAAAUUUGUAUGUCACCAAAUGUUAUGGCCACCAUGUGGUAACAAAGAGUAACUUUUAUUUGACUUUAAAAUACAUAGGAAAAGGAAAUAUCAGAGUAAAAGUUUAAAACAUUCUUUACAUACGAUUGCAAACAUUUUUUCUGGUCAUAUGAAUCCAUGCUCUAAUAACUUUAAGACAUUUUUAGUUACGGCUUGACUUCAGAUAGGUUAACGAAAAAAGAUUUGCAAAGUCAUAUUUUAAUAUAAGCCUUUAAAAAUCGUAAAAUAAUAAUUUUUUAAUUCUUUUUUUUAUAACAAUUUAAAAUUUGCCUUCAUAAACAUUUUGUUUUGCAUAUAAUUUUACUUUUGGUUUAAAUUUUGUUCCUAUAUCUCUUGAAGAACACAACCUUGAAAUAAUAUUUUUUUAUUUGAUUCAUUUAUAACAAUAUUUUUAAGAAUUUAAUUUUAUAAAUAUUUAAACGAUAAGCUUAAUGAGUUUAUAAGAUUAUAGAUGCUGAUUCCCCAUUUAAAAUACCGCCGCAUUCUGUAAGGUAUCGAUCAAAUUGUAAAAUGAAAAGUCUGUAAAACUUUGGUUAUGAACGCCUAUCACUUCAUUACAAAUGUAGCUUGAAGUGAACCAACAGUUAAACCACAGGUAUAUUGUGUUGGCAGUAUGGGUUUCGUCAUGUGUCUUCUCACCCAAACGCCACUUUGAGGAUUCCCAACACUGGACUUGGGGAUCCUAACACUGGACUUGGAGAUCCCAACACUAGACUUGGGAGUCCCAACACUGGACUUAGGGAUCCCAACACUGGACUUGGGGGUCCCGACACUGGACUUGGGGGUCCCAACAUUGGACUUUGGGAUCCAAACACUGGACUUGGGAGUCCCAACACUGGACUUAGGGAUCCCAACACUGGACUUCGGGGUCCCGACACUAGACUUGGGGAACCCAACACUGGCAUUGGGGGUCCCGACACUGGACUUGGGAGUCCCAACACUGGACUUGGGGAUCCCAACACUGGACUUGGAGGUCCUGACACAGGGCUUUGGUGGUCCCGACACUUGACUUGGGAGUUCCAACACUGGACUUGGGGGUCCCGACACUGGACUUGGGGGGUCCAAACACAGGACUUGGGGUCCCAACACUGGACUUGGGGGUCUCAACACUGGACGGGGGGUCCCAACACUGGACUUGGGGGUCCCAACACUGAACUUUGAGUGAAUAUUUUAACAUUCAGAAAUAGUUUGGAACUGUAUCAUGUGUGUUAUAAAGUUUCCAGUUCUUCAGGGAGCAAUAUUCGCAUCAUAAUAAACUAAAUUUGAGUAUUGUAGAUUAAGUAAAUAUGAACAUUUUAAAAGUAAAAUAUUCCAUUCUUUAAAAAAGGAAAAACGUUAACUUACAUUCUUCAAAAUAAAAAGAAUAAUAUUAAGUUUAGGUUUCCGGAACCCCAAGAUGAACACAGGUAGAUAUACAUAAAGGCGUUAGAAGUACUAUCUUUUGAUUUGUUGCAAAAUAAAGUAGCAGUGUGCUAUUAAAUCAAAUCUUAAAAUCUUUUCACGGGACAUCCCACUAUAUUUUUUUCUGGUUAGUGUAGUUCCCAGAUAAUCGUCUUCCAACAUCAAAAAAAAAAAAAAAAAAUAUAUAUAUGAAGAGCCUCUGUGGAAGACAUCGCUGGUUCCCACAACUGCAUAAAACAAACCUACAACUAUAAUAACCUACUUUCUAAUGCACUCCCCAAGGGCCAGCCCCAACAGGUAAACUCAACGAACGUUCCAGCAACUUACACAACAUUCCUUACGUGCUGAGAUUUGGACCUUCUGAAGGGAGGGUGGCACGAUACAACAUAACUGUUGGUGCCAAGUCUUAUGAGGUGUUCAACUCAGAGCUGACCAUCAAAGAUUUAACGCCUGAUACACAAUACGGCUACACUAUUACUGCAUACAAUAAACAUGGAGUUGGAAGUGAAGAGGUCGC